AUGAUAAACAAUGGAUACAUGAAUGAGAAUAACUCUGGACUAAAAAAUAGUUCCAGGAAACAAAAUUUAAGUUACACUCUGUUCCUCCAUUCAGAUGAAGUGUCAUUCCGCAACCUGAUAGUAUGGCUGGAGGACCAGAAGAUCCGCCAUUAUAAGAUAGAGGACAGAGGUCCUUUGCGGAAUAUACAGGGAGGUGAUUGGCCAGUAGCACUAUCUAAGUACUUAGAUGAGCUUAAAUGUCCACAUAAGGCUACAGAUAGAACCAUGAUGCUGGAUUGGAUCCUAGGGUAUGCUGUCAGACUUGAAUAUGGUGAUAAUGUUGAAAAAUACAAGCCACUGACCUGGGAGAAGUUCUCAUCUACACAAUCCGAAAAACGACAGGCAAUGAGUUCCAAUCCUCUUGAAGAUCUCGAUUUUGAAAGUGCUGAUUUCAAAGCUGGUGUUGCAUCCUUGGCAACGCUGUUAGAAGUUCCUCCCCACACAGAUCACAAAAUAGUAUGCAAGGCAAUCUGUUUAAUUGUGAAGAACAAACUCACCAAGGGGGCUGUAGAGAAGGCUAAAUCUGAUGCAGGAGGGAAACAAGAUGUGGUUCCCCUGGAACAAACCCCAUUAGGGUUUGACAGUGGAGAUUAUAUCAUAAAUGAUGCUGCCAAAAUUCUACGACUUCUCCAUAUACAAGAUCUAAGAGUUCUACAAACCAGAAUCAAUGAGGCCAUUGUCCAAGUCCAAAACCUAACUGCCAAUCCCAAAACUGACACCCGAUUGGGUAAAGUUGGACGAUGAUGACACAAGCAGGAGUUAUGACAUCAUAGAACAAUCUAAAUACUCUUCUCAAAUUGAUGAUGUCAUAUAUGAAUAGUGUCAUGCUUCAAUGCUUAAAUAUUCAAAUGAUGUCAUAUUGUUGGGUGUCAGUUUUCAAAAAGUGAACAAAAUUUAAGAUGUCCAUGACAUGACAACGCAAAAAAACUGGCUUUUGCUAGAAUGACUUUAAAUGUUAAUACCUCAUUAAUAUUUCUACAUUAUUGAAUACAAAAUCUUUUUUGAAUCCAACUUAUGUGAAGAAAUGAAAUUGGACGCUAUGCUUUCCAUUAGAAUAUGUACAAUGAACAUACCCAUAGCCAGCUUUUGCCAAGGUGGACUCCAGGGGAUUUCAAAAACGAUGUUUGUUCAAAAUAACAAAAAAAUGCUCAAAAUGGUGAAAAUGCAUGACUGUAUUAAAAUUUCUAUCACACAAUUCAUAGUCACAAUUUUCAAUUGUUGCAAAUCUUUCGAAGUCGAUGUACAGUCCCAAACAGGGUAGUCAUUUGAAAACUCAAAAAUAUUAUUUUUUGUUUGCAAACUCAUAAUUUGCCUAGGAGAUACUCAACUAUUGGUAUCAUCUUACACAUAUUACUAUAUAUGUAUGUAGUAUAUGUAUGUGAAGCUAACACUGUUUUAUGUAUUACUGUAUAUAAGCUAAUAUAUACAUCUGAGAUGUAAUUAUGAAUAAAAGAAACUAACUUGUUGCAAGAAUAAGGGUUUAUUUGGUUAGGAUAAGGUUUUUAUUAUGUCACUACCACAAGUGGUGACAUGUU